AUGACUUCAAGAUACCGCCCAUUUGAUCCAUUCAUUCUACCACAAAAUGUUAGACAAGUUUAUUAUGUUCCAUAUCCAAAUUUUUGUAACAUUGACAAAUGUGGUUGGUGUGUUGCAAUACAAACCAAACCUAGGGGUCGCAUUGAGUCAAAUGAUAUCCAAGACGAAAUCCCUUACCAAGUUCAUGAAACGGAACAUGGAAAUGAAAUUAUUGAAGUUGAAGGUAUAUCCGCAUUGCAUGACUUUGAUGGUGACGAUGAAGAGUUGGAGGGACAAAACCAAGAAGAUGAAGAAGAGGAAGAAGAAGAUGAAGAAGACGAAUUUGAAGACGAUGAUGAAGAUGAUGAUGAAGAUGAUGAUGAUUCUUUGCAUUAUGAUGAUGAUAGUGACAGUUUGAAGAAUGAUGAUGACGAUGAUGAAGACGAUGAUUAA